CCAUACACCCCACAAAAUGACCAACCCGGACCUCAGCGAAUUCAGCGAAGAAGACCGCAUCGAGAUCGAGCUCGAGCUCAACGAGGGCUACGCCGAGAUUGAGGAGAGGUUUGCCGUCGACACGCAGCAGGGCUUUGAGAAUGUGCUCGUCAUCGACAACCUGCCCCUCGUCGACGAGGCCAAGAAGGCGCGUCUUGUCGAGCGUCUGAGGCAGAUCUUCGCCAAGGCCGGCGCGCCGAUUGACGAGGACCGCAUCAACAUGCCAUGGGACGCCGAGAACAACUCGAACAAGGGUUUCGCGUUCCUCACCUACCCCGAGCCUCAGGAGGCCGAGCACGCUCUGCGUGCCCUCGACGGCAUCGCGUUCGGAAAGAACAAGCUCCACACCAACCGCUUUGGCGACAUUGAGCGCUUCGCCAACCUCCCCAUCGGCGAGGGCGAGCUCCCCACCGGAUGGCGCGAGAAGCCCUACCAGGAGAAGGGCCACCUCCGCUCGUGGCUCGGCGACGCCGCUGGCCGCGACCAGUACAUCACCUUCCGCGACCAGGACGUCAACCUCUUCUGGAACGGCCGCAACGGCAACGCCGAGCAGGUCAAGGACGACGAGGGCAAGCCCGUCAAGAACGCCAAGUGGGCCGAGCUCUACCUCCAGUGGUCGCCCCUCGGUACCUACCUCACCUCGCUCCACCGUGCCGGUGUCGCUCUCUGGUCGGGCCCCAAGCUCGGCGGUGCGAUGGGCGUCAACUUUAUGCGCUUCUCCCACCCUGGUGUUCGUCUUGUCCAGUUCUCGCCUUGUGAAAACUACCUCGUGACCUGGUCGGACGAGCCCAUUGGCAACUACGAGAACCACGCCGACGCUACCCUCCGCGAGACUUUUGGCCCCGAGGACGAGGGCAACCAGUUUGUCAUCUGGGACGUCAAGGCUGGCCGCCUGUUGCGUUCGUUCCCCGCCGACAAGGCCCCCCACAACCCCGACGGCCCUGCCCGCCCCCAGCAGCAGUGGCCCGUCUUCCGCUUCUCGCCCGACGACCAGUACGUCGCGCGUGCGCAGGUCGGCAACGCCAUCCAGGUGUACGAGCUCCCUGGCAUGGGCCUGCUCGACAAGAAGUCGAUCAAGAUUGAGGGUGUGCAGGACUUUGAGUGGUGCCCCAUGAGCGAAAAGGACUGGGAGCAGCGCAAGCAGGGCAAGGGCCGCGAGUGCAUCCUUGCCUACUGGACCCCCGAGGUCCAGAACCAGCCUGCCCGUGUCAACCUCAUGGCCAUCCCCAGCCGCCAGGUGCUCCGCUCCAAGAACCUGUUCAACGUUACCGACUGCAAGUUCUACUGGCAGAACCAGGGUGACUACCUCUGCGUCAAGGUCGACCGCCACGCGCGCAAGGCCAAGUCGAAGAAGGCCACCUUCUGCAACCUCGAGCUCUUCCGUCUCCGCGAGAAGGACUACCCCGUCGAGGUCAUUGAGCACAAGGACUAUGUGCCCACCUUUGCCUGGGAGCCCAAUGGAACGCGUUUCGCCAUCGUGUCGACCAACGACCCCAACUUUGGCCAGAACGUUCCCGGCGCUGUCAUCAAGUACACCGUCUCGUUCUACCAGCUCGACCCCAAGAAGGGCGACUUCCUGCCCAUCAAGCACCUCGAGGGCAAGGUUGCCAACACGCUCAUGUGGUCGCCCCGUGGUCGUCACAUCAUCCUCGCUACCAUUGGCAGCGCGCAAAAGUACGACAUCGAGUUCUGGGACCUCGACUUUACCCUCGCCGACACUGCCACCAAGGACGUUACCGACCCCGGAGCCAACGUGCAGCAGCUCGCCACGUCGGAGCACUACGGUGUUACCGACAUUGCCUGGGACCCCUCUGGACGCUACCUCGCGUCGUACGGUUCGUCGUGGCGCUCGUCGCCCGAGCCUGGCUUCUCGAUCUGGGACUUCAAGGGUGCGCAGCUCGUGCACCAGGGCCAGGAAAAGUUCAAGCAGCUUCUCUGGCGUCCCCGCCCCCCUACUCUUCUCCCCAAGGACGCGCAGCGCAAGAUCCGCAAGGAGCUCAAGGACUUCUCGCGCAUCUUUGACGAGGCCGAUGCCGCCGAGGAGAACCGUGGCUCGGCCGAGAAGCUCGCCCAGCGCCAGCGCGAGAUUGCCGAGUGGGACGCCUGGCGCGCGCGCAACAACGCCCACCUCGCCGAGGCCCGCGCCGCGCUCGGCAAGGAGCUCAAGCGCCCCGUUGCCGAGACCGCCGGCGAGACGGUCGAGGAGGUGUUUGAGGAGCUCAUUGACGAGACCGAGGAGGUUACCGUUGCCUAAGUAGUAUCUAUGCAUUGGCAGGUAUCUAGGUGCA